GUAUCACUUACAUUCACCUCCGUAUAUUACAAGUGAAAAUGGCGGCGAACUGAUUUCACUUAAAUUCGUUUCGUCUUUUUCUGCAUCUUUAACAAAUCUUCUCCAUUAUGCCUCGUACCAGAAAAAAUAAAGGAGAAUCUCCCGAGGAAACCUCCUCGCCUGGAGCGGACCAAGAUAGUGACUCUGGUAUCCCAGAAGGCCUGGAUAACUCCAUAGUGAGCAAGCUAAUAGCCUCCAUCCACAGAAUUAAAGGGCAGAAACAGAGGCCGGGCGAGGAGAGAAUAUGUACCACAAUGUCUAACAAAUACGGCAUAGCCCCAGAGGUGACACUCGAUCAGUUAGAAAAGGCCGUCUCUGCUUGCAAAGUGGUCAAACUGAUAAACAAGGGUCUACCAUCGUACCGCGACCCAGCAACCGUCACACAGACCAAGGGACCUGCAAACUCGGCCGAUAUACACCGCAUGAUAAAGAAAUCGAUCCUAUUGAUUAAUCUAGGAGGAUGCACGCUUAAAGAGAUCGAGGAGAAGAUAUGCUCUGAUUAUGGACUGAUACUCACUCCUGAACUGUCUGAUCAAAUUAAGACCACCAUAGCUCGUAUGGUUGAAAAAGGGGAUUUAGAGAAGAAGGGUCGACUCGUGAAAGUAGCCGUAAAAAUCCUCGAGCCGUUUCCGUCGCCUAAAGCUCGUCCGAACUCGAUUUGUAGUUUUUGUCUCGGGACGGAGGAGAAUAACAGGGACAAGCAGUACGAGCAGCUCCUCUCUUGUCAUGAGUGUGGUAACUCCGGUCAUCCUUCUUGUCUCAAAUAUUCCAAGGAACUUGUCGAAUUCAUCACAGCGGAGCCAUGGCUAUGCCUCGAAUGCAAGAAAUGUAUUUAUUGCAAUGCUUCAGCUAAUGCUGACGACUUGUUGAUUUGUGACGCUUGUGAUAAAGGAUUCCACAUGGUCUGUUUGGAUCCGCCCAUCUCCUCCCUGCCCGAGGGUAGGUGGGUCUGUCCGAUUUGCGUUCCUCCACCCAAUAGGAGGCGUGGUCCUAUCAGAGGUUCGAUCUCGACAGAGUGUCCUCCUCGUAAAAAAGCUCGUAAAUCCACUCUUUCACAUUAUGGUGAUUUUGUCAAUGAUUUCGAGGAGUUGUAUAGUCAGACUCCGUCGUUGCCGCGUUCUUCCUCGUCUCGUAAAAGACGCAAGAAAUCGGAGACCGAGGACCCUAACGCUGGUCACCGUUGUUCGACUGAUGGUCACACCCCCUUACCCCCAGGGGUCACUGAGAGUGACCUGGCUCUGUUUAAAAAGGCACAGGAAAAAGCAUUACAGGUAAUGUCUAGUUCUCUUAUUCCACUGGACCAGUAUGACAGUCACACACGACUACCUCAAGAAAUAGAGUUUGGCAGAUACUCGAUAGAAACUUGGUACUCUUCUCCUUACCCUCAAGAAUACGCUACUCUACAAAAACUCUUCAUUUGCGAGUUCUGUCUCCAAUACGUUAAGUCCCGUACUUUACUUAAACGUCAUCGGGCAAAGUGUCUUUGGUUUCAUCCUCCGGCAAACGAGAUUUAUCGAAAAGGCGAUAUAUCGAUUUUCGAAGUCGACGGUCAAGUGGGUAAGAUUUAUUGCCAGAAUUUGUGUCUACUGGCAAAGCUUUUCCUUGAUCACAAGACACUGUAUUAUGACGUUGAGCCUUUUCUGUUUUACGUUUUGACGAAAAACGACUCGAAAGGCUGCCAUUUUGUCGGUUACUUCUCAAAAGAGAAGUCCUGUCAGCAGAAGUACAACGUCUCCUGUAUUAUGACGAUGCCUCAGUAUCAACGGCAAGGAUUUGGAAGGUUUCUUAUUGAUUUUAGUUACCUUCUCUCUCGGGUCGAG